CAGGCCUGGCCGCCAGCGGCCCGGGGCCGCCCGCCGCACUCGGCGAGGCCCCGGCGCGCGGCGGCCCGCGCUGCCGCGGAGGUGCCUCAACGCCGCCGCCGCGGUGUACGACGCCGCGCUCGCGCUGGGCGCCUUCGCCUACACUUUCCUGAGCAACCCGCGAGCGCGCCGGGGCCCUCCGACACCCUGCGCGCCGCGGAGAGGAGGGCCAUCCUGGAUGUCUGCAGGCUCCGGGAUAGGCUGGAGCACGCCUCCAGCGUCCUCGAGACACAGGCGGCCAAGUGGGAGCUCGCCAGGGCGGAAAGAGUGCUGGAGGAUGUGGAGGCGAAGAUUCACAGGGAGUUUGCUGACCUGGAGAUGUAUCCCGUCCCAGACUACAUGCAGCCAACAUACCGAAAGGGUGGUGUCCAGAUGGCCGUCACAGGAGGCUCCGGCGUUGGGAAGUCGGACCGGUGGUGGAUCAAUGCCAUUCGCAGGACGAGUGUCCGAGACCCGGGUGCCGCGGCGACGGGCAUCACGGAGACGACGCGGCACCCGCAGAUGUUCACUUUCUGGCCCGGCCGAGCUGGGGUGUUCAACAAAGUGUUCGAGCAGGUCGGUCAGAUCCUCAGGAUGACAGGCUCGGAGGACUCACACACCGAGCGGCGUCGCGCGUCAGCCUCAGCGGAGCUGAUCCGGACUCUGGUCAAGAACAAGGACGCCUGGAGCUACAUUGACCCCCACCAGGACUCCCUGCAGGUGGGGGACCGCCUGCUGCUGAGCGGCCUGGGGGGCUCCAGGACAGAGGAGUGCUCGGCAGAGAUCGUCGAGCCUCCCGGGAGGAGCCACGACAGGAUCAGAGUACGGCUCGGAUGCGGGGAGGUCACAGACGUCAGCGCCGACCGAGUAUUGGGCGUCUUGGCCGAGUGCGCCAUUUGGGACCUGCCAGGGGUCGGGACGCCCAACUUCCCGCAGCAGACAUACCUCAGAAACAUGGGGAUUCGCCACUUCGACCUUGUAGUGCUCAUGACUGCGUCUCGGUUCACCGAGUCAGAGCUGAUGUUGGUUGGCGAGCUCGAGCGUUGGGGCGUCCCAUAUUUCCUUGUCAGAAAUAAAGCCGACUUCGACGUGCAGUCCGAGAUCGACGAGCUCGAACAGCAUUUUGAGGACUACGAGGACUACGACGGUGAGCUCGACCAGGAGGAAAAGAAAAAGAUCGAGGCGUCAACGAUCGAGAGCAUUAGGGAAUUCUUCAGGACAGAGCAUGAUCUUUGCAACAUCUACUGCGUCUCCUCGAGACCGAGGCACCGCACGCGCUUUGACUUUCUGCGCCUGGAGCACGACAUGGAGGAGGCCCUGCGACGACAGCGCACCGUGCUGUCGAGUGAUCUCCGAUAGCGCUCGCGUCUUCCAGCUGUUAGUUCUGUAGGCAGCAGGGGCAUCUGUACGCAUGUCGUUGUCGUGCUCGUUGUCUUUUCUGGAUCGCUGCUGUAGCGCCCUCGCCUGCCAGAAGAGCAUCUCUGCGCGUCUCCCUGAUUUGCCCCCCUGUCUUCGAGCGCGAGUCAAGUCCGGAUUGCCGACCACCAGUUGCCACGUUUGAGUACC